AUGCCCCGCACCCUCCGCAUCGCCGUCCUGGAAUGCGACACCCCUCCCGAAAACAGCAACGCCAAAUACGGCGGGUAUGUCGGCGUCUUCAAGACGCUCCUGCACAGCAGCGUCCAGGAACUCCACAAGCCAAACGAAGUCGAUCCGUCUUCUGUCCUGGAGAUCUCGCGCUUCGACGUCGUGACCGCGCAGGAGUAUCCGGAUCUGGAGAAUGUGGAUGCGGUUUUGUUGACGGGGUCGAAACACAACUCCUUCGAAGACCACCCGUGGAUUCUGAAGCUCGUUGAGUUCACUAAGAGGGCGGUUGAGCACCCGCGCGUCAAGAUAUUGGGUAUUUGCUUUGGACACCAGAUUCUCGGACGGGCAUUGGGCGUUGAGGUUGGACGGAAUAGUGCGGGGUGGGAGAUUGCCGUCUGUGAUGUUGAUUUGACGGAGAAAGGGAGGGAAUUGUUUGGGGUGGAUACACUCAAAAUCCAACAGAUGCACCGCGAUAUCGUGUUUGCGUAUCCCGACGGUGUGACACCGCUUGGUAGCUCGCCUAGGUGCGAAGUCCAGGGCAUGUACAAGGCGCGCAAGUUCAUUACGGUGCAGGGUCACCCAGAGUUCAAGGAGGACAUUGUCUCCGAGGCGGUGAACUUGCGGGCUGCGGCGGGCGUCUUCGAUAAGGAGCAGGCUGAGGAUGCGUUGGCUAGAGCCGCGAUGCCGCAUGAUGGACUUGCGAUUGGAGUGGCCUUUGUGAAGUUCUUGUUAGAGUAG